UACGAAAAGCUCAUAAAAUAUAGUGCACUGUUAAAAAAUAAACCUGUCUGUCGGGGGCCCUUGCCCCGUUUUUAGACGUUUAUGGGUUGUUUGCAGUUCCACCAAAGAGUGAUUUCUCCACUAAACUUUUCAGAUGGACUCAUUCCAAAAAAUACAAAAAGUGAAAAAAUUUGUGAAGCACAAGUUUUUUCUUUUUUCCCCCUACCCCAUUAAUCAUCUCCCAACCCCUUGGAUUUAUCUUGUGACCCUUUGGAGGGUCCCGACCCCUACCACUGAACUACAGACUGUAUAUACUUAAGUAGCAUCACUUUGACCAACUACUAGUGUAAGAUGCUACUUUUUCAUUUAUUCAUCAGUAUUACCAAUCUGUUAAUGUAAUAUUUAAUAAUAUAUCAGUCACAGAUGCCAUUCUGCACAAUGAGUAGCCUACUUUUACUUUUGAUAAAGUACAUUUUGCCAGUGAUACUUUCUGCCUUGACUGCAAUGAAUUUUACUUGUAACAGAGUAUUUUCACAUCACAGUAUUUCUAUUUUUACUCAAGUGAAGGAUCUGAGUACUUCACCCCACACUGGUUUGGUAUCCUUCCGUACACUGGAUGAACGAUGAGGAUGAUGAGGCAGCUGGUGGCGCGCGCGGACUCAUUGUAAAAGGGAGCGCGCUCUCGCAGACGGGAGCGCGCGAAGCGGUGUGCAGAUGUGUCGCAGAUUUUGUAAAGUCACUGGACGCUCGGAAAGAUAGACCUCGAGGAAGUCGCUCCGGAUAAAUGGGCCCUUAAACUGUCAGAAAAACAAGGCUGCUGAGAGAGAAACGGGCGGAAGAGGACAGAACCGAAGGACCGCUGUCAUAACCAGUUAACGUUAGCUCAGUUUGUAACGGCGGAAGACGUUACUUUGACAGUUAAAAGCCAACGGACGGCGGCGUGCACAGAGAUGGAGCUGUCAGCGAUUGGAGAGCAAGUGUUUGCUGUUGAAUCAAUCGUCAAGAAAAGAUUUAGAAAGGGGAAUGUGGAGUAUCUGUUAAAGUGGAAAGGAUGGCCUCCAAAGUUAUUUGCCAUAUCAGCAACAGAAACACCACCCGUUCUUUCACGCUUUGUGAUUAAAAAGUAAUGAUUGGUUGACUCUCUGUAGAUGAUACCAUCCACUCAGAGCGUUUGCUCAGCACACAGUUACUGUUCUAGUGGAACCGAAGAAGAUGGAGCCAUUGUGUACAGUACAUGGGAACCUGAAGAACACAUUCUGGACCAGCGCUUAGUGCAGGCCUAUGAAGAGAAAGAGCAGAGAGACAGAGCUCUGGGUCACAGGAGAAAAGGAUCUAAAGCCAAAAGACCCCUGCAGAAUACUGUCUACACCAUGGAUCUCCGCAGUGCUCACAAGACUCCAGAGAAACCUCCACCUCGCCUACGUCUCUCUCUGACACGCUCUUUGGUCCCUGAGGAUGAGGAUCAGCCGUACAAACCCAGGAGGUCACAGUUCAAGUGCCUUGACUCAAACCCUCCAAGUCCUACACAAGAGGACUGGGAAAGCCGGGGAGAGGAAGAUGAGGAGGAGGACAUUGUAGAAGAUGAGGAGGAUAGAGUGGGGGAGAAAGAGGAGGCUCUAAAGGAGACAACAGAGAAGAGAGGAGGCAUUUUAAAUGGACAGGAAAGGACAGACGAGUGGAGCUCCACUAUCGGACCACAGGAGGUCACUGCAUCAGAGAAGCCGGAAGACCUCUGGAGACCCAUUAUCCGUCCGGGGGAGGUGACAGUCACAGACGUCACUCUCAACUCCCUCACAGUGACUUUCAGAGAGUCAAGAGUGGCCAAAGGCUUCUUCAGAGACUGGGGCCUGGAGGUCUGAAAUGUGAUGAAGUCUGAGUAGGUUGGUGGGGAGGGCACUGCGAGAGGGAGUUGGUGGCUGUGGCUUCAUCACAGUGUGCGAAUGGUGGUUGAGGGCCUGGGUUGGUGUUUUAACUCCCUCUCUAUAACGUCUCACUCUGCUCUUCCUCUUGCCAGCUACUUCCAGCCUGGUCAGUGGUACGUUUACAUGCACAGAGCCACCUGGAUAUAAGCCAAACUCCAGUUAAUGUUAUAUUUAGGUUGAGCUGUUCACCUUCUAUACGGUGGAACUGAGUUGCCUUGAUUUAAAGGAGUAUUAGAUAGCUAUAACUGGUUGUGACUUCUAUUCUAGAACAAAAAGUGUGACCCAAGUCGCCAGGCUGAUUGAGGUGCGAUCACUGGCACUGGAGGACCAAAUGUGAGCGAGCUGUGGUCCAUAUAUGGCUGUCAGAUUUAGGUCGAUUUUGGGGGUGCGCACUUUGGCUGAGACUGUCAAACAGUUGAAAAUGAGACUAAGCAGGUGAGUCAAGUGGAGUGAGGGUACGAGUCAUAAAGUGGCUUAAUAAAGCCGGAAGUCUCACUCCUACCUAAGGAAUCUCUGACUUCUUACAAUACAGGUAUUUUAUGAUCUUUUUUUUGUAGUGGGUCUUUUCCACCUUAAAGGUACCCUGUAGAGUUUUCUUUUAAACAGUUAUGUUUACACCCAGUGUUACUCACCAAAAGCAUUGUGUGUAUCCUUGAGGUCUAACAAACGCGUCUAAUGCAUUUCCUUCCUCAAACGUUUGCAAAGACGAUUUUUUUUGGUGCAUUACUGCCACCUGUAGAUCAGUGGAAUGUAUCACAUCGGCAACAAAACGGGGACCCACUCAUCAAAACAUUGCUCCAUAGCACUACUAGUGGUCAAAAACUCUACAGGGUACCUUUAAAGCGGUUAACAGAAUGGGCUUCAUGGAUGAAAACAUUCAUGUUCUUAUAUCAUCUCAUAUUUUUUUUUUUUAUUGGGGGUUUUUUGCAAAGUAAAUAGUAACUACAGUCAUCAGAUAAAUGUAGUAGUACAAGACUAUUAAGUAGCACAGUAGCAGAGUUAUGACAUUUACAUUUAGUUACCUAAAAUCAAGUGACGUGAGUAAUCAUGUGGAGAAAGAAGAGUUCUCUGUGCAUGUAAACAUGGCUGCUGUUUCUGUCUCUCUUCCAUACUAAGCUAACCGUUCAGUACUGGACUCAACGUAUUGUACAUACUCCAAACUACAGUAAGGUGAGCAUAGCUGUCAGUCCCAUACUAACAUGCAGUGCUGUACCUGUAACCUGUGAACACAUAGACUGUUACUACUGUACAACACGUGGCUUAGUCUUGCAUGCGUUUCAAAAUCCUCUGAGAGAUGAUUUGAUCCGCCUGCAUGCUUUUCUCCUCCAGUACAGUUAUAUCAAUGCAAAGACACACAGUGUAGUUUUCUCUGUCCACCCAGCUCUUCAUCUCAAAACAUACAACACACCAUACAAGUGUUGUACCCAAAAUUAGAAAACUAGUUGCGACUUGAUAACAGAAUGUACUAUGGAAUUGCACUGUAUUUACUGUUCAUCAUCAUCAAGGGUUUAUGUGUCCAUCAGGAGCCUCUUUGUAGAGUUUGACCGACAGGGUAAAUCACACAUAGUUUACAAGUAUUUUAGAAAAAGUACCAAAAGGUGUUAUCGAUUUCCUACCUUCCAGUUACCUUUCACAAAGGCACCAAAAUCAACUUGCACUCUUAAAAAGUGUUUGAGACAGCUAACAAUGUGCCUACUUUAUUUAUUAAGCUGUGUUAUAGUAAUGUAAUAAUGCAGUUGCAAGUAGGUACAGUUUGAGAAACUUUACCUGCAGUUAGCUGAUAAAAAGCAUUGCAUUCAGAAGAUGUACUGCUAUAAAAUUAAACUUUGAAGACAAAGUGUAAGCAAUGUGGACAUUACAAGAAUCAUGUGAAUUUAGCAGUUUUUGCCUUGGUCUAGUAGGUCGUGGGAUGAUUGCCCCUGUAGGAAGUAAAAAAUAAUCUAAAUUCUGAUACACAAAAUUAUGUUUGUUUUUCAGACUUUUCUCUAAUAUUUGCUUUUGUUUUGUGAAAUGCUGUAGUUUUAACCUUUCAGGCCUUUAAAAAUUAUUCAAAUGAAACAAUCAGCUUACAACUUCUAGACAUGCAGCCUAUGACGAGGAGGUUGAAUUCCCUUAUAUUAAAGGAUAGGUUCACAAUUUAGUUUGUCUUAAAACAAUAGGUCAUAUUAACAGUGAAACCGUCUUUGCCUUCUGUACUCAUUCCUCCUGUUCAUACUGGCCAUUAAGAGAUCCCUUCCUACUGUGCUGUCAGUGUAAGUGAUGGGGGACAAAAUCCACAGUCCCGAUUCUGCAAAAAUAAAUUCCAAAGUUUAUCUGAAGCUGAUGUGAGGCGUUAGCAGUCUGAGUUCAAUACAUCAAGUGGACAUCUUCCAACUUCCACAAAAAGACCACAGAAGCAUCAUAUUAGCUUCAGAUAAAAUUUUGAAUACAUUUUUGCACUAACAGGAGACUGUGGAUUUUGUCCCCAAUUUGGCACAUUUGAAAGGGAUCUGUUCUGUAUGAACAGAAGGAAUGAUCACAGCAAGCAAAACUCUGUUUCAUACGGGCACCUGACUAUUGUUGUGAGACAGAUUUGAAAAAAUGUGAACCUAUCCAUUAAGGGGUAACAAACAAAAACGGUCAGGAACCACCGCUCUAAGUCUCGGAUGUGAAGACACUUGAAUGCGCCAACAAGGAGAGCUUUCCAAACAGUCUCCUCAUGGCAUCGCAUUCGUGUAAGGUAGGCUAAAAAAGCAAAAGCAAAUGGAUGUUCACUGGCAUGGAUUGCAUAUUGCAAGGUUAUAUCAAGUCAUUAUGGCAUGAAAAUCAAGUGCAAGUAGAGGUUCAUUCUUGAUCAUGGACACAGUUAACAAAACAAUCUCACCUUAAGGUCUAUUACUAAUAGGAUAAGUAUUAGUAGGAUAAUAUUAAUAUGUUAUAAUGACAGAAAUACAAAUGGAUUUAGAUAUCACUAAUAACAAUAUAAUGAUUAAAUAUUUAGGAUAACAAUAGCGAAAUUUCAAAAUCUACCAUUCCAUGACAACAGAAGAAACUCCAUCUGAAAUAAACUGAAACCUGUUGCCCCCUGGAAGGUAGGAAAUUCAUCUAAAAACUUGCAGUAUGCUUUAGGAAAAUUAUCCAAUGGACCAAUAUGGACUUAACCAGGGUGUCCAAGCCCCCUCUAUCAAUCAGAUGGUUAGAAAACUAAAUCAUUAAAAUAAUUAUAAAAAAUAUUUAACCAAAUUUAUAAGAACACAUAAAUUGAACAUGAAACGUUUCCCCACAGCUUUACAGACUUAUUUCCUCUAACUGUGGUCAGGGAUAAACACUGAAAAGACCAAUAUCCCUGAUUUCAAAAAUGAAAGCCCAACUCUGAACCCAGUAUAUCGGUCUCACCCUGGUGGCUUCCUGCCCCGUGGACACAGGAGCUGAUGUGAUGUGUCACGCCUGUGGAAUCUCCCACAGUGGCGUCCCAUUGGUCCACAAGUUGUUUAUCCCGCCCUGAGGAUGAUGGGUCAGCGUCUUGUGAUCUCAAAACUGUCUCUGUGUGACAAUGAAGCUGCAGGGAAUGGAAGUGCCUGAUGUUGCAUAAUUUUGAUGUUGUUUUUUUCUGUAGGGCUAAUGUCUCUCUAUCCUACACACACACACAUACACACACACACACAGACACGAUUACUGCCCCGGCUUAUUUGGUUUCUGUAUGUCUGAAUGCACGAUCGUCCACUGAUGUGAUUAAGACUUGACGUAUGAGGAGACUUUAAAAGGGAGGAAGAUGUGAGCCCUCCAUCUUGGGAGGGUGAAACAUGCAUAUUUUAAGUCGUUAUUUUUCUAUAUUGACCUGAAUGUAUAUUUAUUCUUUAAAGAUACCUGUGUAUUUGUCACACAGAUGACUGAACAGAAUAGUUUUUAUACAGUUUGAUAACCACUGAGCUGAUGCCAUAUUUAAAUGUACUGACAUGACAAAACAAGCACCUGGUUUUGACGUUGCCUAAUGUGGUCGCUUGUGCUGCUUUCAUCCACCACCGAGCGAAGAACCUUGCACUUUAUUGUGAUGUAAACCUGCACAUUACCUGCUCCAGUCUAUGAAGUGUAAUUGUGUAUAGAAUAUUUCUAUGUUAAUAGUAAAAUAAAUGUUGCUCAUGUUUAAUAUCAUUUUAA